GGGCCACGACAUCCAGGAACUGGUAACCGUAAAGGACAGCGUGAUCGUCAGGGGCGUACAUCCGGCACCCUCCUCCCCUACUUCCAGUGUUUUACGACAAGAAGGGACCAUGAUGCGACUGGAUACAAUGCGCAAACUGCACGCAGUGGAUGCAUGAAGAUUGUUUUGAGGAUGUGUUUGUCCUGUAUGCAAUGCUGAUGAAUAGUUGUCUUAUUUAAUUAUCUAUAAUGUAUAUAUACAUUAUAAGUAUUAAGCACUGAAUAUAAGGUUAAUUAAGAAGACUGAUAAUAAUUAUAUACCAAUAACUGGCAAUAAUUAUAUACCAAAUGUUAAGUGACAUCUUAUCCUCAGGCGUUCUCCACACCUGCUGGGUAAGAUGCCAUAUUUUCGAUGUUUAAAAAAGUUGAUUUUGUUGCAUUGUUAAUACGGAGUUUCGAGUUAUUUUCUAUGUUAAAAAGGAUUAAAUACUGUAAUUGAUAGUACAAAAGAUACUUAGGUAAACUGACAUUUGUCUUUUUUAUUUACAUUACUUCGUUAAGUGUGGCAUCUUACCUCGACUUACCCUAAAGAGCAUAAGAUACAUUAUAAAAAUAGCGCGACCGAUACGUCGAUAUUUGCAGGUUUGUCAAUCGCUCGCACUAUAGGUUACAAACAAUGCACACCGCCACGUUGUCUCCAAUGCACCGGUGAUACGCCCUAAGCGUAUGGCCACGUGGUGGUAGGCGCGCGUUGCAUGCGGCCACCACAAGCUCCGUGCAAGCUGGAACGGACAAGCAUGGAAAACGGAGACGUGAAUCAUUUUUACUCUUGCUGUCUCAUUGUCCGUCACGCGGGAAUAAGAGCAUUCGAUGUCGCGUUGCGAUUUAUCGCGAGGAACUGACUCAUUCUGCUCUUUCUCUCUUCCUCUCUCUGUGUGCCCAUACGCAGAACGCAGCUUUGUUACGCGUCUUUCUCCGCGUUCUCGUACAAGCCAUCUCAGCAUUCUUUGUCACAAUCGCAGAUAACCAAGUAACCGUGCCGAUGGGAGAAAAAAAUAACUCAAACUUGGCACGAUUUACCUCGUUUUAUUCCGCGAAUGGGAAACUAGUCUAAAGUCGUACAAAGACUUACAUUCUCGUACACGCGACAAUUUCAUUUGAAAAACCUAUGGGAAAGAAUGUCGGGAAUUGUUGCUGGCAAGCGAUGCGAAGCACAUCUGUGAAAGACACAUUGUCACAAAUUGAAAUUCUGAUGUCGAUUACGAAUAAUAUUUGACGUAUGCAAUAGUUUUAAUCAUAUUUUGCACGUUUCCGCUUUUUAAAUCCAUACUAUAUGCAAUACAAUUCGGUGAACAAAAUAUUUGCUCUCUCUCUCUCUCUCUCUCUCUCUCUCUCUCUCUCUCUCUCUCUCUCUCUCUCUCUCUCUCUCUCUCUCUAAAAAAGGGAUUUUUUACGAUUUUCCGUUCUCUAGGAUAAAUUUCGGAUUCCUUUGCGAAAAAAGUUUUUCUCAGCCACAUUUCGAAAGUAGCCAGUUGAAAAGUACUGCAUCGAUUGGAAUAAGUAGUAAUUAUAACAUAUCGCGUGCGGAAAAACUUUCCAGCCCAAAUCCAAAAUGAUUUGCUAAAUACGAAAAGCAUGUAUAGCUUUUCAUUGUUUGUCGCGUUCACUGUUGUCUUUCAAAGUUAUGUUUAUCGGUUUAAAUCAUGACAUAUGCUGUUCUCUCGUAAAAAAACGAGAAUUUAUUUCAAGUUUAAAUAAUGCUAUCAGGGCGCUGAAAGAAAAGACUAAAAUUUUUGCAUAAUCUAAUAUCUAAUACACCGAGUAACGCAAGGACUCUUUUCGAUUGACGAUUGAAAUUUUUCGACAACUGAAUACCUAUUUAUUCUAUAUUUUUGGCUGACUUGUUCGACAUUUUUUCGUUUUUCGAAGUUGCGCACGUUCAAUCUCGAACUAGUUUCUUAGAUCUACUAUAAUAUAACGUCCGAUGCUUGACCAUGUAAAAUUGUUAGCGAAAACUUUAGAUUGGAGUUUGCGAGGAAUUAAAAAUUUGAUUCAUUUACAUGGAGCGCCGUAAUCUCUCGAAUUGCGUUCAUUCUUUGAAAAAUAUCGUAAGGCGGAUAUUCGCGAUGACUAUAUCGUACCGCGAAUGCAAUAUAUCUACAUUGCCUGUCUCCCACCCAUCUCGGAUCUCGGAUCGCGGCAAAACGUGCGUACGUUUACCAGCUGCUUGCCAGUCGUCACCGAACCGCGUGCCUGGCGUGGUGUCUGAUGAAAGUCGUUAACGUCACCGCCCCGCGUUCGCGUUUCCGUCAUCAUCAUCAUCCCGUCAUUGUACGAAAUCUGUCGACGAACGCUCGUAGCGCUAGUUAUUUUCGUAAUCUCGUUUCGUAAUAACUGCUAAGAAUCUAAAGGAGGAGAGAGGACAAAUGAAACCAUUCUAUCGCAGGCGAAUCGAUCUCUCGAAUGCUCCCCGCGUGUGCCGAUUAAAUCGCGAACAAGUAGUUGACGUAAAAGAUUCGACAAAUAAUUUUGCCUAUUGAUCAACUAACGCGGUAGUGCUUGACUUGAGUGCUUCAACGAAAUAUUGAAAAGAGAUUCGAUGAAAAGACGAUUCACGACGAGAUGGGUCUCGCAGAUGAGCAUCUGCAGAUGAACAUGGGCGCGGGAGCAGCGGGUAGUUCCAUUCUGGGUCUCGCUACUGGCUCGGGAGUAACCGGUGUCCUGUCCCAACACUGCGCCAUAUGCGGCGAUCGUGCCACCGGCAAGCAUUACGGUGCUGCAUCCUGCGACGGCUGCAAAGGAUUUUUUCGACGAUCCGUCAGGAAGAAUCACGUGUAUAGUUGCCGAUUUAGUCGAAACUGCGUGAUCGAUAAGGAUAAGCGAAAUCAGUGCAGGUACUGUCGAUUGCGAAAAUGCUUCAAGGCCGGCAUGAAGAAAGAGGCCGUGCAAAACGAGAGGGAUCGCAUAAGCUGCCGGCGACCCAGCUACGAGGAACAGGCAAGCAACAGUAGCGGCCUGUCGGUAGUUUCAUUGCUGCAAGCAGAUUUACUCAGCAGACAAGCUCAACUGACACUGGAGUUAGACAGUCCGAACGGCGACAUCGAUUUCAGCACGAGGCGGAUAGCCAGCAUAAACGACGUGUGCGAUAGCAUGAAGGAUCAGUUGCUGAUCCUGGUCGACUGGGCCAAGUACAUCCCGGCGUUCGUCGAACUCCCGCUGGACGAUCAAGUUGCGCUCCUGAGGGCUCAUGCAGGCGAGCAUCUGCUGUUGGGUGUGGCGAGGCGCAGCAUGCAACUCAAAGACGUGCUAUUGCUCGGCAACAAUUACAUCAUAACGAAGAAUUGUCCUGUAAUAUCAUUGUCCACAGAUGGAGGUAGCAAUCAGCAAGACCUGGACAUGAGCAAGGUGGGCACUAGGGUGAUGGACGAGUUGGUGAAACCGCUGAGCGACGUUCAAAUCGACGACACGGAAUUCGCUUGUCUGAAAGCUAUCGUGUUCUUUGAUCCGAACGCGAAAGGCUUAAGCGAACCGGCGAGAAUCAAGCACCUGCGCUACCAAAUCCAGAUAAACCUCGAGGAUUAUAUCAGCGAUCGUCAAUACGACAGCCGAGGACGUUUCGGUGAAAUCCUGCUGACGUUGCCAGCUCUGCAGUCUAUCUCGUGGCAGAUGAUCGAGCAGAUCCAGUUUGUGAGAUUGUUCGGGGUGGCGCACAUCGACAGUCUGCUCCAAGAGAUGCUGCUGGGUGGCGCCACGUCGGAGUUGAACGGCACCGCAACAUCGAUAUCGAUUUCAAACACCGCACCAGGCAGUUACGUGAGCAGCAAUGAAAGCCCCAACAGUCCGCUGACACCAGCCAACACGGGCAAUCUCAGUCCACAGACCGAUCAGAUGUUGGCCGCCGGGAGCUCCCCCAUCAUGAUUCUCAGGGACUUGACGCCGAUCGUCACCCAGGAAGAUGCCAGCUUCAGAUUCUUCAAGCAGGAACCAAGUCUUGAACCCGAGUCCACCUUCUGACUAGAACCAAGCUUGCCAUCGACUAGCAGCGGCAGAGCUUGCUUACUGAACAGUGCGAUCGCAAUGAUGUAACUGGACGGGGCAAUUCCGAGUGCCUUUGGCAAUAUAUAUAUAUAUAUAUAUAUAUUGUACAAGUACGAGACGGCACCGCGCCGAUUGGUUCAGUCAGUUUUCGCGGAUAACGUGCAAUUGUUCAACAUAAUUCUUCGCGAUAUUGAUUCGGGAAGAGAAUAGGGAGGACGAAUACGAGAACAAAAAUUUCAGAACAACGAGCGUGUAGCCCUUGGUAGACGCCGAGAGACGGGGAAUCCUCACGAGGGAGUUUCCACGAUGUAUUAUACGUAAAUUAUGGUGGACGUUCUGCUCAAACAAUUGCUCAAGUAAUAAAGCCUUAUACUACACAACGUUAGUCGUAGCAUCGAAUCAAAUGUGAUGAUGGUCAACGUUGAUCAAGGAGAAGAUCAACAUGUAUAUACGUAACGAUAGAGGAAGAGAUUGCGCACGAAAAGAUAUCGCGACACGUCGGCAGUAUAGAUGGGAUAAAUACGCAAGUAUAGAUAUCGAAAUGCCAAAUCUAUACACGUCACAAGUUACCGUACCGUAGUCACGGUUCGUAAUAAUUAAAACCGACACCUGUACAAAUAAUAACGAUCGAUCAGUCGCCGACCAAGAUAAACGUGAUAAGCGAUAAGAUCGUAUCUUGUCACUGUUAUGUAUUACUAUUAUUAGGUGCUUGCAAAAGUUCGUAUGUGUGCGAUAAAAGCUAUUUUUAUUUAUUAAUAACAAUGAGAUAACAUGUCAUAUUUUAGUCAAAGUAAUGGCCGUUGCUACCGAUAACCUUUUGCACUUUGUGCAAUAGUUUUGAUCCCGCGCCGAUAAAAUGACUCAUCUUUUGAGGGAAUCCAUUCGUUUGUGAUCUUUUAGGAACUUUUGCGAGCACCUACUACUGCUGCUGAUGCAGUAUUCGGGUGUACUACCUCCGAAAUGCGGGCUAUUCGAUCACAGAUCAAACAAGGCUCGCGUGCGGUUGACAAUAACAAUUAGCGCAAUUAAUUUAGGAAUUGCUUUAGAAAAGUAGUGGGAAGAACAAAGUUUGGCCCCAUCAUUUGUAAAUAUAGAAAGAACGUACGUUCGCAAGUACGAUUAAAGCAAACGCAGAUAAUCACGCGUCCGUCAAAUGUCCAUUUAAACGAGAAAUAUUUUUUUACCUUUUUGCUCAGUCCGUGAAUCGAAUAAAUAAUGUCAUUAUUUGCGUUUGCGAUUGUGUAAAUGGUGUAUGAUGCAAUCAUGUGACUUGUAUGACAUUCCAGAUGUAAAUGAAGCGAUGUUGUAUGCGUGCGUGUGUGUGUACACACACACACGCGCGCACACACACACCAAACACAUUAUACAUACAUAUAUGCUAUAUAUAAAAAGAGAAUUUUAAUCCAUAAUUAUAUAUGGAGCGAUUAUUUCUGUUUCACGUAAAUGGUGCCAUGGGUUCUGCCGUGAACCUCCUCUGAUGAAAUUUGAAAAAUAUUCACAUUAUUGGAAAGAAUAGAAAUACAGAAAAUCAUAUAUUCUCAUUACACAAAGCUUUAUUUGAGAUAUAAUUACGGAUUAAAAUAUUGCGCGGAGCGCAAAUCUCCCGCAAAGUAAAAGAGUGGGCCACUGCAAUGCAAUUUACUGUUAAUUAGUAGUCUAGUGAUAAGGAAUGCACGCGCCCUGACGAUUUUGCACACACGAAUAUCGAACAGUCAGUGAGCCGGUAUGGCGAUUAUGCUUGAUCAAAAUGAUUUAGUAUCUAAAGGUGGUGUUUAGUAGUUUUAGCAAAUUACCUACAUGAAUAAUAUAGUAUGGCCGGAUAGAAAGUGGUAAUAACGAUAGCAAUAAUGACGACACAAAUCAUGAUAACAAGAAUAUAAAUCGUGAUAUGGGAGAAUGUGCUCUGUGCUGCGACGACUCGAGAGAAAAUGGCAAACAGUUUCCAUUCCACGUUUAUUCAAAUAGCUGAUGCGUCUGACAAGAUUUUACACGUUGAUCGAAACUCGACUUUGGUUUAGUUUGCUAUCUUUGUCUCUCUCUCUCUCUCUCCCUGCCCUCUCUUUCCCUCUUUUUCUCUCUUUUAAUAAUUGUAUAUAAAUACGUGUCACAUAUUUAUACAAUUAUUAAAUUCUGAAUGCUUCCUCAUGGAUGAUCUCUCAUGACACGCACGCGCACACUGUCACGUUACAUCAACACAGGCAAAAGUUUAAUGACGUAUACCGCUGUAUAAAAAAGACGUACGUUUUAAUCCAGUAAGUCAUAGAUUUUAUGUUACCGCAAUAGAUCCGGCAAAUAUAUUUUCUAUUUUUGUACGAAGAAACGCUUAGGAAGCAUUAAUGUAUCUUUAUAAGGUACACGUAGAUAGUAAGAUAGUACGAUAGUAUGGAAGAAAGUUAUCGUUACAUCGAAACAUAAGAUAAAUAUUCUAUUGUAAAGUAUAACAUAAUGUUUCGCUCUUUGUUUGUAUAUUUUGAAAUAUUUUAUCAGCUUUUAGUCAUGGGUUGUGAGAUAGACAUUACCAUUACUUUUUGUUUUAUUGUUUCUUCCAUAUGUUGUUGACUAUAUAAAUGUGAUUGAUUCCAUGCAAGGUGUGUAAAUAAAAUUUUUAUUCGUUAUUUAAUAAGUAGAACUCUCGUACAGAUGUACUUGUAUCUUUGAAUAAAGGAAUAUUUCAA